GAAUCAGAGACGGUGGCAACAGAAGGCGGCGAAGAAGAACGAGGAGAAUGCUAAUCGGAAAAUAAGAGAGACGGGUUCUGUUUAGUUAACGUUAAAACAACGCUGUUACCUCGAACUGCUCCUCUUGAACAGAGCUGCGUCCUAACCGCUAAACUAUGACAGAGCCUCAGUCAGCGCUGUUACUCAGGAGACAGCUCGCAGAGCUGAACAAAAACCCAGUGGAGGGAUUCUCAGCAGGCCUCAUCGAGGACAAUGACCUGUACAGGUGGGAAGUCCUCAUCAUCGGCCCUCCAGACACACUCUAUGAAGGCGGUGUGUUUAAAGCUCAUCUGACAUUUCCUAAGGACUACCCCCUCAGGCCACCUAAAAUGAAAUUUAUCACAGAUAUUUGGCAUCCUAACGUUGACAAGAACGGAGACGUAUGCAUUUCUAUUUUGCACGAACCGGGCGAGGACAAGUACGGCUACGAGAAACCGGAGGAGCGCUGGUUGCCCAUCCACACUGUAGAAACCAUCAUGAUUAGCGUUAUCUCUAUGCUGGCAGACCCAAAUGGUGACUCGCCAGCCAACGUGGACGCUGCGAAAGAGUGGAGGGAAGACAGACACGGCGCAUUCAAAAGGAAAGUCGCCCGUUGUGUACGAAAAAGCCAAGAGACAGCGUUUGAGUGAUAUUUAUCGAGGAUCUAGCUUCUUUUCUGUUUUCAGGGUCUCCAAAUUGAAAUUCAAGAUGGCACUGUUUCCUGCACUCUUCCACCCUGUCGCCAGGCUUGUCCUCCUUCAUUUUUGUCUGGAACAGACUGGCAACUGUAGGGUGCAAUAUAACAUUAAAGUGACUACCGAGGCUGACAGAAAAAAAAAACAACAAAAAAAACGCCAAGCAAGUGCCAACAUACAACUACGACAACAACAAAAAAAUUCAAUAAAAAAUAAAUAAAAGAAAACAUGCACCCAGAAGAUGUUCAAACAUUUUUCAAGUUUCUGAACUGCUUCAACAUUCAGGAUGAUAUUGUAAAGACAUGUACAUAGAACAGACUCAACCGGAUAAUAUAUACGCUCCGUUUUCAUCCAUCAAGACCUUUUAGACCAAAUAUUUAGUGCUGGUUCGGACAGAUUUAUUUUUUGUCUUUUUUUCCUUCUCUCAACUCCGGCAUGCGUUAAACGUCGUUAGGCUGCUUUUCCGCAGGAGGUCUUAAACAGAACAAAUCAUUGUCGGAGGAACGUCGUCUGUGAAGAGGCUGUUUUUGAGUGACACACGAGGAACACGCCUGAGGAUUACCGCCUGAAUAAAUUGGAAUGGAUAUCACAGCCAUCCCAGAUCUCAUCACAUGUAAACCUGGAUUAUGCUUUUUUUGCCUUUGAAGUCUUACCAUAUUUUAAUUUGGCGCAAAGAAACAUCACAGUGUUAUUUUGUUGUGCAUGCUGUUUUUUUUUUUGUUUUUGUUUUUCAGAAGUGCCUCCUAAUAAAAUGCUUGGCCACCUCCCCCCUUUUGCCCCUACAAGGGUUCAAAGUGUUGGAUUAACAUUAAAGAAGUUGUCAUAUCCUGCCUAUAAUAUGAGUUCAUGUAAUAGCCAGUACAUUGGGAUUCUAUAAUUAGGGUGUUUGUGACAAUUUUCUGUAGCAAUAACCCUCCUGGUAUAAAUUGUACAAGUUAAUUUUUAUCUGCUGAUGCAAUUCGAGGUCCUAUUCCUCAGAAUUUUUGUCUUUUAGCAGCGAUUUGUUCCUUUUUCUGUGUUCAUUGUAGGAGCUGUUAUGCAUGCUUUUUGGAUGUUUUUUUUAUUCUUUUUUUUUGGUUUUGAAAACGUCUGAGUGUUGACGAACAAAGUCGGCCUGCCCUUUUUGUUUCGGCGCCCUUUGCUCUUAUUCACACAUUUCUGAUAAUUCUACCCUCUGAUCUAGCGCAGUUUUGCUCAAUGUACAAAACGAAAUACUGAUGUAUAUUUUUCUUCUUAUGAAAUCUGUCACCUGUAGUGAGUUCUUCUAAAACAUGACAUUUUUUUUCAAUAA